ACGUUAAAAUGAGUGAAAAAAACAAUGUUUGAAAAAGUUAAUAAAGAGUGGUCCCCACCUUGAAGUUCUCUCUGUUCGCUGAAAAUCUUCACGGUCUUUCAAGAUCCAACGCUGUUCUGAAUCCACCUCUGUUUACUCUGUUUCUACUUCUUAUCAAAUCUCAUUCGCACUCUUAUGAUCUGUUUUUACUUUUGAAGGUAACCCUCUUUUUUCUCUUUGUGUUGUGAAUCUUCACAAAGCAGAGCUAAUAUAUCACUGAGAAAGCCAAAGGCAAAGGUAAUUGGCAAAGGUGUGUUAUGGCUACAGAGAUCAAAAGCACUAUGAUGAGGGUCAAAUCAAGUACCCCAGAUGUUUCUUCCAAGCCAAAGAUUGAUUCUUUAGCUCUCAAGAAGAAGGUUAAAUCAAAACCGAUAACACCAUCAUCGAAAACAAUAACAACAUCAUCGAAAACAGUGACAACAUCAUCAGCAUCAUCGAAAAAAAUAACAAAGACAAGUACUUCCAAAGUAAGAGAAAAGAAAGUCUACAGUCUGCCUGGCCAGAAACAUGAUCCUCCAGAACAGAAAGAACCCCUGAGAAUCUUUUAUGAAUCAUUGUCAAAACAGAUACCAACAAGUGAAAUGGCGGAAUUUUGGUUAAUGGAACACGGGUUGCUGUCUCCUGAAAAAGCCAAGAAAGCAUUUGAGAGAAAACAGAGGAAGCAAAAGGAGCUCCGAACAGGAACUCCUGUGAAGAUAUCGAAGCCACCAACCAAGACUGCAACGUCACAAAAACAACAACAGAUAUCAAAGAACGGAGACAUAAAAGCCAAGAAAAGAAUUGUGAAUGAGAGUGAUGAUGAUGACGACGAUUUCAUUUUAAGUCAUAAAAGAAGAAAAUGGUAAGAGGAAGGGAAGACUCAUAAUGUUUAUUCAAAAAAAUAAAAAUAAAGGAAGAACUUUUGUACCUUGUAAGACAACCUAAAAAUUCUCAGAUAAAAACAUUCUUCAUGUUUUUAACAUACUCAUACAAUAAUGUACAUGCAAUUUACAUGUCUCUCAGAAUCUGCGUUAUGACAACGGAAAUUGCUUCUCUAUGUUACCUCUGUGCCUUGAGAUUUCA